AUGGCUAUUAAUGAUUACCUCGCCGGUUUUAAGAAGGCAGGAGCCAAUGUUUCGGACGACCGGUUCAGAGAGCUCGAUGAGAACUUUGAAAAGUUCCUUUCGACCAAUAAUCUGGAAGCGGAAGCUCGAGAAACGGAGUCUGCUACCGUGGCGAAGUAUGCGGCCACUGGCGAGGAGCUCACUCCCCUUGACGGGCUUCCUGUCAUUCCGACUGCUCAGUCUUGA